GAGAGAAUUUAAAAUGGAAGUGGGCAACCAAUCUGUUGUAGCGGGAUUUGUCUUGCUGGGGCUGUCAGAUCAGCCAAAGCUUGAGAAAAUGUUUUUUGUGUUCAUCCUGUUGAUGUACCUGGUGAUCCUGCUGGGCAAUGGGGUCCUCAUCCUGGUGACCAUCCUUGACUCCCGCCUGCACACGCCCAUGUACUUCUUCCUGGGGAACCUCUCCUUCCUGGACAUCUGCUACACAACCUCUUCAGUUCCUCUAGUCCUGGAUGGCUUCCUCACUCCCAGGAAAACCAUCUCCUUCUCAGGCUGUGCCAUGCAGAUGUUCCUCUCCUUUGCCAUGGGAGCCACAGAGUGUGUGCUUCUGGGCAUGAUGGCAUUUGAUCGCUAUGUGGCCAUCUGUAACCCCCUGAGGUACCCUGUGGUCAUGAGCAAGGCUGUCUAUGUGCCCAUGGCUAUCAGCUCCUGGGUGGCUGGUGGAGCCAACUCCUUGGUGCAGAUCUCUCUUGCAGUACAAUUACCCUUCUGUGGGGACAAUGUCAUCAACCACUUCACCUGUGAGAUCCUGGCUGUCCUGAAGUUGGCCUGUGCUGACAUCUCCAUCAAUGUGAUCAGUAUGGGGGUAGCCAAUGUGAUCUUCCUGGGGGUCCCAGUUCUGUUCAUCUCUGGCUCUUAUGUCUUCAUCAUUGCUACCAUCCUGAGGAUCCCCUCAGCUGAGGGGAGGAAAAAGGCUUUCUCCACCUGCUCUGCCCACCUCACUGUGGUGGUCAUCUUCUAUGGGACCAUUCUUUUCAUGUACGCAAAGCCCAAAUCCAAGGACCCCCUGGGGGCAGAUAAGCAGGACCUUUCAGACAAGCUUAUAUCCCUCUUCUAUGGAGUGCUGACUCCCAUGCUCAACCCCAUCAUCUACAGUCUCAGAAACAAGCAUGUGAAGGUCGCUGUGAAGACUCUGGUGAGUCAGAAAUGCUUUGCCUAGUGAGAGUAGGGGGAAGCAGCAUACCUUGUGGCUCUGUGCACACAGAUCUCCUAGGAAAUGACUGCUUCAUAAGCAUAGAUUUGUUCGAUG